AUGAGACCGCUCCAGGGCUGCCGAGGACGAGGUGUUGUCGUGGGGACCGUCACCCUCUGCCUGGCCGCCGGGUGGGCUCUGCAAACUCCUGGAGGAGUAUCAUUAGUCAUCCCACAACACAACAUCAAUGCGACAGUGGCACAAAACAUCCUCCUCUCCGUGGAAUACUCUUGCAGAGGUGUUGCCACCAUUGAGUGGAAGCAUGUGUCGAGCUGGGGUACCACCAAGAUUGUUGAGUGGAGAAGUGGGAAUUAUGUCAACAUAUCUACAGCCUACAAGGACAGAGUGACUACUUUUGAAAAUGGCUCUAUUCAGCUUCUGAACGUAGGCAUGGGAGAUGCUGGCUACUAUUUUAUCACUGUAACGGAGGAGUAUGGGACCAACACCUAUGGCACCAUCAUAGUCAACAUUUAUGAGAUUAUCUAUGAAGAUUUACAUUUUGUAGCAGUUCUCUUUGCAUUUCUUGCUGCAGUGUCUGCCGUUUUGAUCUGCUUCAUGUGGCUGUGUAAUAAAUCUCUGCAUCUGUUUCAGAAGAAGAGAACACACAAACUAACAGCAAACACAACUGAAGAGAUUGAAUUGGAAACCAUUGAGUGUUAG